UUUUCUAAAUGUGACUAUAUGUACAUAGUUUAUAGUAUCAGUAAUAUAUAUUUUUUGAUAGAAUUGUUUGAUUUUGUAUUGACAUGUAUUUUGAAUGUGUUGAAGUAUAUUUGGGUAAUUAAGUGGGUCCUGGGGGUGGUACCUUGGGGAGUAGGGCUUGCAAUGGUCCCACGCCGAUAACUUGUGUGUUUGACAUAUUCAACAAAGAUGGAUACAUCAUUUAGAUGUCAAACAUUUUGAAGUUGCUCUUACAUAUACAAUGUACUGUUAAAACGCACUCUCUAUAUUUGUCAGUAAAGUCACGUGACUAUUAGCCAGCUGUCAAGUUGUCACCCUGGAACAAAUUUAUCCUGGUUGAAGAGUGUAAGCAUCAGUUAGAACAGGCAAUAUAUUUCGAAAUGAGCGAAGGCAAAAUAAAGGAUCAAUCGUUUGAUACUGGCAAACGUGUAAAAUCAAAUAGCUCAAAGGUCUCCAAAAAUGUAGAUAAGAAGUCUAACAACAAGAAUCAGCAGCUGGUGAUUGGCAACAACAAAAAAGUUCCCAAAAGAUUUCCGUGCGACACUUGUGGCAAGACUUUUGCAAGAAAUUCUUAUCUGAAAAUACACAAAAUGAUUCAUACCAAUGAAAGACCAAGAGUUUGUCCGAUUUGUGACAAAGCAUUCCUGCAGUAUACAAGUUAUAAUAUCCAUAUGAGGUACCACAAUGACGACAGAAGGUACUCGUGUUCCAUAUGUGACAUGCGUUUUAUCUCCAGCUCCCAUUUAAAACGCCACAAAACUGUACAUUCAAAUAGCCGACCUGUCACGUGCGAAAUUUGCUAUACCCAUUUCAAAACAAAGGACGAUCUUAAAAAACACACGGACGUUUUGCAUUCUGGGCGAGAGAAAUUAGCAUGUGAUAUUUGUAAUAAAAAACUGUCGGACAUUCAGAGAUUAACAGAACAUAUUUCGCGCUUACAUUCCCAGUCAGAAAAACGCUGGGCUUGCUCUGUAUGUGAUAAAACAUUUUUCUCAAAUAGAGAACUGCGAAGUCAUAUGAUUGUCCACACCGGGGACAGGGACCAUCAAUGUUUCAAGUGUGAGAAGUCAUUCUCGUUAAAAUCAAACCUAAAAAGACACGAAAAGAUCCAUUAUUCUAAAGCUAAUAAUAAAACGGAAUGAUUCUGAAAAUUACAUUCUCCCAACAGUUUUUUUUUAUCCCCAUUAAUGCUAUCAAUCAAUGUUUUCAACACGUUAUACUCACUGAACUUGAUGGAAGUCAUAUAUUUAACAUAAGAACAUAUACAUGUACGUAUGUUACUAUGUAGUUCUUUUUUACAAAAUAGUUCGCCAUGGGGAAGGAGGGGGUGCUAAAUUAUUUACUGAGAUCAUGCAGGUUGAAAUACACUGCUGCGAUUUUAUGUUUUAUGUGAUAUGUACUAGUAUGUAACAGGUACCAAUUAUUUUGAUAAAUCGAAACUGUUUUGUAUCGAGGUGUGUUUAAAGAACAUUUUGUUUGGAUGUAAAUAGGCUAGCUUAUGUACAUAUAUUGUAUAUAAUGGGUCACAAUUAGUUAGUUUCAUGACUUGUUAAACAUUUUCUUUUAUAAUUAUUUAUGGUUUAUUGCAAUAACAUGAAGGUUGGUUUCGCGGUUUUUUUGUCGCCUCUACGGAGUAGUGGCGACAUAUAGGGAUCACUUCUCCGUCGUCUGUCUGUCCGUCUGUCUGUCUGUCCAUCCGUCCGUCACAAAACUUGUCCGGACUACUCUUCAUAAACUACUGGUGCAAUUUCAUCCAAACUUUACAGGAAUGAUCAGUACCAAGUCUAGUUGUGCAUAUUGUCAGGAUUUUCCGGUUCAAUGAUUUUUGUCAGAGUUAUGGCCCUUUAAUAAUUUUUAAUUUUAAAGUUUGUCCGGACUACUUCUCUUAUACCACUAAUGCAAUUUCAAUGAAACUUUACAGGAUUGAUCUGUAGCUCAAGUCCUUACGCAAAUUGCACGGGUUUUCCGGUUGAAUGAUUUUUGGCCGAGUUAUGGCCCUUUGAUAAAAAGGUUUCUUUUUCUGUGUGUUGCCAGAUACACAAAAGCUUGUCCGGACUAUUCCUCAUAAACUACUGGUGCAAUUUCAUCCAAACUUACAGGAAUGAUCAGUACCAAGUCUAGUUGUGCAUAUUGUCAGCAUUUUCCGGUUCAAUGAUUUUUGUUUGAGUUAUGGCCCUUUAAUAAUAAUUUUUAUUUUUAAAGUUUGUCCAGACUACUUCUCUUAUACCACUUAUGCAAUUUCAAUGAAACUUUACAGGAUUGAUCUGUAGCUCAAGUCCUUGCGCAAAUUGCACGGGUUUUCCGGUUGAAUGAUUUUUGGCCUAGUUAUGGCCCUUUGAUAAAAAGGUGUUUUUUUCUGUGUGUUGCCAGAUACGCAAAAGUUUGUCCGGACUACUCCUCAUAAACUAC